UGGGAGGAAGAUGCAGAGAACCGUUGCGAGACGCUCAUCACGGAGGCUCUCCUCGUUGAACCCAAUGGACCCGAGGUCCUCCAAACCCUGGCUUCCAUUCGAAUCUCGCAGCUACGGACCGACGACGCCAAAGCAGCACUGAGAAGGAGUCUCGAGAUCUGGAAGGACCUGCCCCCGGAGGACCCUAGCAUUCCAGACUUUGCUACCAGAAUCAGUCUUUCUCGUCUCUUGAUGGAGGUCGCGCUGGAGUUUGAGGCGUUGGAGGUCUUGGAGCGGUUGAUCCUGGAAGAUGAUCAGAGUAUCGAGGCUUGGUAUCUAGGCGGAUGGUGCUUAUAUCUCCUGGCCGGGAAGCAACAAGCCCCUGCGGAUGACGAGGAGGAAGCCGAUACCCCAGAGGCCAAGCGCCUUGCAUCGCUUGUUGCCAGUCGCGAAUGGCUCAAGCAGGGUCUGGCUCUCUAUGAGAUCCAGCAGUACGAGGAUGAGAGGCUCAAGGAGCAUGCGCUCGAACUGGUUCAGGAGAUGAACCAGGAACUGGGCGAGGAGAUAGAGGACGAAGAGGCUGAGGGCCAGGAGGGUGAGGAAGGUUGGGAGGACGAGGAGAUCGAGUACCCGAGCGCGUUUCCCUCCUCCCCCCCGGAGAUAAUCAAAGCCAAUUUUGUCCCGGCCAAGCACCUUCGGGGUGGCAAAACUGAGCUCAAUGUGAGUUGGGGAAAGAAAGGGAUGGACCUGGAAUCAGCGCCCAGCGGGGAAAGCUUGUCGUCGUUACAGACCCCAGUCGCCGCCGUCGCCGUUAAGAUGACUUCCGCGGAUGUAAUCGACAAGCCAGCCACGGCGAACGAGGACCCCACCGCCACUGCCACCAAGGGCGAGAUGUCUCAAGCCGAGUUCGAGACCGACAGUGACGCUUCGGGCGAGGAGUGGGAAACCCAGUCUCUCUACGAGGACGCCAUUGAGGUACUGCGGGACGAGCAACUUCGCGAUGGAGUCCCCGAUGCCUGUACUUUGGAGGAGGCUAUCGCGUACCGAAAGCGCCUCCAUGAAAUCGGCAAGGCUGCGUUCGUCGAAGAGACCAUCGCAAAGGAGACGGUCACUGCGAAGAAGCUGUGCACAGCGUUCGGCAUCCAGCCCCCGGCGUUCCUCGAAGGUGCCCCUGACGAGGCCUACCACCCUCUCCUCGCGAUCGCGAUCUCGCGAGAGUUCUCGAGACGUCCGAAGCUCCCACAGUAUAAUACCAUCGAUGAUGCGGUGAGGUUGCUGAAGGAGUCCAAAAACAUCGUCGUGCUGACCGGCGCUGGCAUAUCCACUAGUCUUGGGAUCCCCGACUUCCGCUCCAAGGAUACCGGGUUAUAUUCACAGCUCGCGCAUCUGGGCCUGAGCGAUCCGCAGGAGGUGUUCGACAUUCAUGUGUUUCGCGAAGACCCCAGCAUCUUCUUCUCGGUUGCCAAGGACAUUCUCCCCACGGAAAAGAAGUUCUCGCCGACGCACGCGUUCAUUCGCCUGCUGCAGGACAAGGGGAAAUUGUUGACCAACUACACCCAGAAUAUCGACAACAUCGAGGCCAAUGCCGGUGUCGCCGCGGAGAAUAUCGUCCAGUGUCACGGCUCGUUCGCCACCGCGACAUGUGUCAAGUGCAAAUAUCAGGUAACCGGUGACGAGAUCUUCGACGAGAUUAAGAAGGGUGCCAUCCCUCAGUGUACCGCGUGCCGUGACCGAAUCGCAGAGGAGACGGGAGCGAAACGCAAGCGCAGCACCACUGGUGUGCACCGAAAUCGCAAGGACGACUGCGGCGACAGCUCGGAUGAUGAAUACGAAAUCCCGUCUCCCGGUGUUAUGAAACCCGACAUCACGUUCUUCGGCGAGGAUCUUCCGGAUGAAUUCGGUCGUCGCCUGCUUCACCACGACCGCGAACGGGUGGAUUUGGUCAUUGUCAUCGGAACGUCUUUGAAAGUAGCGCCUGUCGCAGAGGCACCCGGCGUGUUGCCUCGUCACGUGCCUCAAAUCUACAUCUCUCGCACUGUAAGUCCUACUCCCUUGAAUUGCAAGUCUUUCUUGUCUGUGAUUUUUCUCCGCAGUUGCAGUACUGCAGUCAUUGAAACAGUUCGACCAGACAGCUGUGGCGCGGGGCCCAGCGCAAGCCCUCCGACGAUUACGAUGGAAUACCUGAUCCGCUUCGCCCAGGUCCACGAGUCUUUCCGACAGCCUGAGAUCCAGGCGCUGGCCGACUUGGCCGGCAUUGAUCUCGAGUUCGUCUACUACGAUAAAUAUUCCCCAUUCUGCGUCAUCAGAGUCUCCGAUGAAGCCGCGGCGCGCACGCUCAUCGCCCGCAGCAUCCUAGCGAAGGACAUCUUCGAGCUCUGGGGAUAUGGCACCAACCUGGACGAGGUGCACGCGGAUGUCCGCAGGCGGACGACCGAAGCCCGCUGGGCCGACUUCCAGACGGACUCGUUCCGCUUCACGAUCGACAGCUUCGCGGGCAAACGCAGCAACGACAAGAAGCGCGAGAUCAUCCAGUCGUUCUCCUUCCUCGGCUUCCAGGGUCCCAUCCGCAUGAAGAACCCGGACCAAGACUUUUGGGUUCUGGAGGACUACGGCUGGGAUGUAGCUGCCACUGACGCUGCCGCUGCAACUCCCGAGGGACGCAGCAGCAGCAGCACCCCCAUCUUACGCCCCGUUCCAGAAGGCCAGGAACCCAAGCGGAUCUGGUUCGGCCGCUGGCUGGCCAACAGCAGCCGCGACGUGAUCAACAAGUACGACCUCAAGAAGCGGCGGUACAUCAGCACGACGUCCAUGGACGCGGAGCUGACGCUGAUCACGGCGAACAUGGCCCACGCGGCGCCGGGCAAGCUGUUCUACGACCCCUUCGUCGGCACGGGCAGCUUCCUCGUGGCGAUGGGCCACUUCGGGGCCCUGAACUUUGGGUCGGACAUCGACGGCCGCAGCUUCCGCGGCAAGGAGAUGAUCGAGCGCGGCGGCACCAUGGGCGUGCUCGCCAACUUCCAGCAGUAUGAGAUCGUCGGCCAGUUCCUGGAUGUCUUCUCCUCCGAUCUGACGAAUACGCCGCUGCGCGCGCAGCCGUUCCUCGACGGGAUCGUCUGCGAUCCGCCGUACGGGGUGCGCGAGGGGCUGAGGGUGUUGGGGAGGCGGGAGGGGCUCCGGAACGAGGAGGUGAUUAUCGAUGGGGUGCCGGCUCAUCUUCGACCCGGUUACAUUGCUCCGAAGAAGCCCUACGGCUUCGAGGCCAUGCAGAACGAUAUCCUCAACUUUGCCGCUCGGACUCUCGUUAUCGGUGGGCGCAUGUGCAUGUGGAUGCCUACCGCCAACGACGAGGAUCUCGAGCUAGACACGCCCAUGCACCCGAACCUGGAGGUUCUGAGUGUGUCCGUUCAGCCCUUCUACAACUGGUCCCGUCGACUCAUCACCUACCGCAGACUCCCCGAAGGACAAGUAUCGGAUGUGUCCAAGGGACGCAGCAGACUCGACUCAGAGGGCGUCUAUGCCGAUCAAUUGAAUUCCUUCAGAAAGAAGGUACGUUGCCUUUUAUCACCUCCCCCGGAUUAUCAAUAUAGGAUCCACGUAUAUUGA